CUUUCUUUCCCUUUCCAUGCUACAGAACACCAAAAUGGAGAAGAGAUUCUGGGUGCAGCUCCAUCUGGCCCUCACCCUCCUCUUCCUGAAUGUGGGCUCUGCACAAGACCCUCCCAGCUGCUAUGGGACUCCAGGGCUGCCAGGCAUGCCAGGUUUGCCAGGCAGGGACGGCCGGGAUGGGCUGAAGGGAGCCAAAGGGGAACCAGGUAUCCCAGCUAGUUCUACACAACUGGGGCCCAAGGGCAUGAAAGGAGUACAAGGCCCCCCUGGCCCUCCAGGCAAGCCUGGUCCCCGUGGGGCCCCUGGUCCAAUGGGAUUCCCUGGGAUGUCGGGUGCAGCUGGACCCCCAGGACUGCCAGGCAGCUUCAAGCAGAAGCAGCAGUCAGCAUUCUCAGUGACCAGGCAGACCAGCCAGUACCCCUCAAAGAACCUCCCUGUGGUUUUCAACCAUGCCAUCACCAACACCAACAACGACUACGACACCACCACGGGCAAAUUCACCUGCAGGGUCCCUGGGGUCUACUACUUCGUCUUCCACAACUCCCACACAGCCAACCUCUGUGUCAUCCUGCUCAAAAACCAGAGGACGAUGGCCAGCUUCUGCGACCACAAGACCAACAGCAUGCAGGUCAGCUCGGGGGGCACGCUGAUGCACCUGGCUGCUGCAGACGAGGUGUGGCUGGGAGUCAACGACUACAACGGCAUGGUGGGCAUUGCCAGCUCUGACAGCAUCUUCUCAGGCUUCCUGCUCUUCCCAGACUAGAGCACAGCACAGCCCACCCCAGCACCUGCUGGCUUCUCCCUGCCCUGAACACACUGCUCGUUGCUGGGCUCCUCCUGAUGCUCCCAGUCUCUCUGCAGGGAGGGCAUCGAGCCAGACCCACACCCUCGCUCUGGGGCUGGGCACUGGCAGCUGCUGCCCAGGGGAACAGGCACAUCUGGAUGCAUCUGCAGCUGGUGCUGAGCUCCUGGUCCUGCUGGCAGUGCCACGUGCAUCCCCCUGCUCACCCCACAUUACCUCAGAGGUCUCCCUGUGUUUUUCCCCUCCCCGGCUGGGCUGCCUCAGGUUCAGCCAGGUGUCCUGGCACAGGCUGAAGCAAUCCCUUUGCCAUGACCUGGCUGUGGAAAAUGUCAAUAAAACUUUCCCCAGUGCA